UCUGCCCCACCUGUAGCGUUGUUCUCGUUUUCGCUUGUUGGAUCUCGUUCUUACUUGCGGUUCUUUUUGUAGCUUCAUUCACUCCAAAGAAGGAAAACCAACAAGCACUUCGUCGACAUGAGCUGGUGGUGGGCGGGCGCCAUUGGCGCGGCCAGGAAGAAGCUGGAGGAUGACUCCUCCUCCACCGUCCCCAAGUACGAGAGCGUGGCCAUCGUCAUCGGUGCCACGGGUAUCGUCGGCACCUCCCUCGUCGACAUCCUCCCGCUCGCCGACACCCCCGGCGGCCCCUGGAAGGUCUAUGCCGUCUCCCGCCGCCCCCCUAAUUCUGCUAUUCUCCCCUACUCCUACUCCCCGGCUGACGCCGAGGCCCCUGUUGCCGCCGAUACUCUCCGCGUCCAGCACAUCCAGUGCGACGUCCUCGACGCCGCCGACGCCGUCGCCAAGCUCUCCCCGCUGACCGACGUCACCCACCUCUUCUACGUCGCCUGGGCCAACCGCCUCACCGAAGCCGAGAACCGCGUCGUCAACUCCGCUAUGCUCCGCAACGUCCUCUCCGCCGUCGUCCCUUCGGCGCCCAACCUCUGCCACGUCUGCCUCCAGACCGGCCGCAAGCACUACGUCGGUCCUUUCGAGGCCGUUGGCAAGGCUCUUGCUCAUGAUCCGCCCUUCCGCGAGGACCUUCCUCGCCUCCCUGUCCCCAACUUCUACUACGAUCAGGAAGACAUCCUGUUCGACGAAUUAUCCAAGAAGGAGGGCGCCGUGACCUGGUCGAUCCACCGCCCCACGACCAUCUUUGGCUUCUCCCCCACCAGCCUCAUGAAUCUAAUCGGCACCCUCUGCGUCUACGCGGCCAUCUGCCGGAAGGAAGGAGCGCCCUUGAAGUGGUUCGGCAGCCGGACGACAUGGGACGGUUUCAACGACGCGUCAGAUGCUGACCUCAUCGCCGAGCAGCAGAUCUGGGCGGCUGUCGACCCGUACGCCAAGAACGAGGCGUUCAAUAUCAGCAACGGGGACUUGUUCAAGUGGAAGCAUCUGUGGGCGGCUCUUGCGGAUCAGUUUGGGUUGGAAUCCGUGGGGUACGAGGGGGAAGCGAGCCGAUUCAAGCUGGAGGACGCGAUGAGGGGGAAGGAGGCGGUAUGGGCGGAGAUCGUCGCGGAGAAUGAGCUGGUGCCGACAAAGCUGGAGGAAGUGGCGAGUUGGUGGUUCGCUGACGUAGUUCUGGGCCUCGAGCUGGCGCACCUCGACAGCAUGAACAAAAGCAAGGAGCAUGGAUUCUUGGGGUUCCGCAACACGGUAGCUUCUUUCAAUUCUUGCAUCGAUAAGAUGAAGGCUUUCAAAAUCGUUCCUUGAUGCCUCUUUUUCAUAUGGGUCUAUCUAUGUUAUCAACUACGCAUAUGCUUUCUCGUUAUGGUUGGUUACUUGUUAUGCUUGUUUUCCUUCUUGCAAAAUAUCCCUGUCUUCAAGCCAAAUUUCCAUGGUUUGCUUGCUAAAAUGUACUGAAAAUUAUAUGAUUAUGUGGGAAUAAAUGUACGAUAUUGUUUACA